UUCAGGGUUUAGCCUGUUCUAAAUAUAAGAGUGAAAAAUUUUAAAAUUUUACGCCUAUCUGUAUACAAAUCAAUUUUAACGAAGGUAGCCAAAAUUUAAAGUAGACUCAAGCUUUACAUCGUUUGGAUCGCUUUACCUGAAGGUGAAUGAAAAUCUAGUGGAAUUUCGAUGAUAACGACAAUCGGUGGAGCUUUCGUUGUGAUUAGUCAACGUGGUCAUCUCCAUUUUGGGCGCGAAUCAAUGAUGCAGCAGCUUGUUUAAACCGUUGAGAGAAGAGGCUGUGAACGAGAGAGAAGAAAGAUAGACAGGAAGAGAGAGAGAAUGAGAGAGUCAUAAUGAUUGAGAUUGCGCGUUUACGGGAGGGAGAGAAAGAGAGAGGGGGGGGGUAGGGGGGAGAGAGAGCGAAAAGAUAACGCCAUCUCUCCCAUUUGGUUUGAUAACGCCUAUCGGAACUUGUGCAUUUAGACCUCAAUUAGUUUUCUACAAUGACAAACCUUGUACCUUGUGACUAAUGAAAUCGCUACUGCCAUUGGGAUAUAUGUAUGCACUGUGCUCUCUAUAGAGAUAAGAGCGCCGAGUGGAGGCCCAGGGGGUUGUUUCUGGGAUUUUCAGUUGGCGCGCGACCACCGUGCAGUAAGCACGCUUUUCCUUCUAUAGGAUAUAUAAACGCGUUUAAUAUUUUUGUUCUAUAAUUUAUAAAGAAAAGUCCAGUGGCCAUUUUUAUUAUUCAUUAUUAAUUUUGACUUUGAUCAUUUUCACCAGCGAAUUCUUGCGAGGUCUACUUGACACAGUGAAACGUAAAGAUAUCGAGGUGAAAUUUCACGUAAAUAAUUUAUUAUGAUAAGAAUUAUUGACGAAUGUAAUUAUUGUGGAUAACGUUAUUUGGAGAUAUUGAAAAGCACUUUUACGCAUAUUAUAUAAUUGUAGUGUUACUCUUUAAUUGUAUUGCCAAUGAUAAAUCAACAAUUGGACUGGACAUAGAAGUUACCAUGCUAGAGAGGAAACAGCUAUUUGUCGUCUGCAUUUGUUCAAUACAGUUAUAAAACUGUCGCGUGACGAGCAACCAGCUAAUACUGGUAGUACCUUUGCAGCAGUGUAUUCAAUUGUGGCAUUAGGUGAUAUAAAUAACAUAGAUCGAGUAUUCAUGACGAAUGAUCCGCAUAAUGCAAAAUUGAGUUUCGAACUGAAUUAUUAUCGGCUGAAGUGAGAAAGUUUUAUAUGCCGUCGUGGUCGCGUGACCUGACAAUUCGUUUGAAAUAUUGAUACAGUCCUACCGUAGAUAACUCUAUCCUACGGUGAAACUGGCAAAAGGACAAAGGUGAGAUAUCAUGUGAUAAAUAAAAAUCGAAAAGAUUUUGGUGAAGAUGAUCGAUUGAAAUACUAAAAAAAAUCUCACAAGAGACAUCAAAAGGACCUCGUCCAGAAGCGGUGAAGCCUUAUCACUUGCUGCAUCGCCCAACCACAGACCCAACUCGUCCACUCUUCACUGCAAGUAAACUACCAGCGCCAAGCAAUAUGGUUUACAAUUCGCAAACAGUUGGCGAGAAACGAGAGAAGCCUUCGCACGGCGUUAAACGACUUUCCGGCAACGACGUACAAAGAAUACCGUGAAGGUUAGAGAAACGCUCAAGCAUUUCCAAACAAUUUGACGUCCCCUGCCGACGUGCCCGUCUACAGAAUCCGAAGCUCGCAAAACCCUCACGAACUUUACCGACGUCGAAAAUAUUACACGAGCUCAGCGUGAAAUCGCCCGUGCAUAAAUAUACGUAUGUAUACGAGUGAGAUAUGAGAAUCAAGGAACACACGCCUCUUACUUUCCGAGCUUUUCCGAGUAAAAGCGCUUUGGGCUGCAGCAAUGUAAAAUUAAACAAAGCGAAAUACAUCCAAAAAGACACUGACUGGCUGUACGUGUGAAAUUAACGCUUGGCUGUAACGAUUAAACGUAACGGGAAGAGAGAUAAAUUUGACUAAGGAUGGAAGGAGAGAUCGAGAGCCAGUUACAGAUGGGAAUAGGAGAUUGAGACGCUUUAGCGUCACGUGAACGACAGUGCACGGGAGGACGUUAAGAAGCUCAGUGGUUCCAUUCAGGAUCACACAUGGCCAGGAUUCAACGGGGCCGAAUCGAAGAUGAGUACGAUGCAGAACGAGACCGCGGAUUACAGUAACUAUAGAUGUAACAGUUCGGAACCGACUGUCGAACAAAAUCCACAGCUGGAUUACCUGCCCGAGUGGACGGAUCUUGUACUCGCCGCUUUGUUCUCCGUGCUUAUUGUCAUCACUAUUGUUGGCAACACCCUGGUGAUUGCUGCAGUAAUUACUACGAGGAGGCUGCGCUCCGUCACUAAUUGUUUCGUGUCCAGUCUGGCCGCCGCCGAUUUAUUGGUUGGUUUAGCAGUAAUGCCACCGGCCGUACUACUGCAGCUGAAUGGAGGUACCUGGGAACUAGGUGAGAUCCUCUGCGACUCCUGGGUAUCCCUUGACAUCCUCUUGUGCACGGCCAGCAUCCUGUCUCUGUGCGCCAUCUCCAUAGACAGGUACUUAGCCGUAACCCAACCGCUGGUGUACAGUAGACGUCGCAGGAGCAAGAGGUUAGCCGGCGUCAUGAUUAUCGUCGUCUGGAUACUUGCCGGCGCCAUCACGAGUCCGCCUUUACUUGGGUGUUUUCCACGCGCAGUGAAUAGAGACAGAAGGAAAUGUUCUUACAAUAUGGACUCUUCCUAUGUGAUAUUUUCCGCUAUGGGCUCCUUUUUCCUUCCCAUGCUAGUCAUGCUCUACGUUUACGCAAGGAUCUCGUGCGUCAUCGCUCGAAGACAUAGAAGCCUUGAGACUGGGGGAACGAGGAAUCUUCAGCGACGACUGACUGUCUUGGGGGAUCGUACCAAGAGUAUCAGAAUGAAACGCUCAGAGAACACUUCUGUACCGGAAAGGGGUAGCACAUCUUGCGAUCGACCAUCAGACGAACCGGAAAUCUCGACUACGUGCAAGAAGCUUGGAUUACGCACACAACAACAGAGUUGCAUUAACAGGGUAGCACGUGAGACUAAAACUGCCGGGACUCUAGCUGUUGUUGUUGGUGGUUUCGUAGCAUGUUGGUUGCCAUUUUUUAUAUUAUACCUAGCAACCCCAUUCGUGCCGAUGGCACCACCGGAUGCACUGAUGCCCGCACUGACCUGGCUGGGUUGGAUCAAUUCGGCGAUAAAUCCGUUCAUCUACGCCUUCUACUCGGCGGACUUUAGACUGGCGUUCUGGCGACUUACCUUCCGGAAGUGCUGCAAGAGCAGAAUGACGAUAAAUCAGCCACCGAAACUGCCAACGCAUGCGAGUUGGAAGAAGGACCCGUCGAGAACGUGAAGACACGCACUGGCCGAAUACAGAGUCAAUAUCCAUUUGAAUUUCGAAUAACUGUGAUUCAUCCAUUUUCGUUUAUUGCUUGAAAAUAAGUAUUCCCCUUAGAUAUUAAAGAGAAUCAUGUAUCAAAGUAGCGUGUAACCAGCCAUCUACUGUGGCCACAUUUAUUCAAGUUACGGCUGGGUCGUGAUAUUAGCUUCGUACUCAGGGGACUCUUUUGUAACGUCAGCCAUAAGGAAAUGGCCUCUUGAAAUGGAACUGAUCUCACGACCUCAGCGAAGGGACAUUCCGGUAUGGAAAAGAUGGAUUUCACGGCCCGUCCUACCGGGUGACUUAAUUCUACUCCAUGAACUGGAAAGCUUUGUACCUCGAGGAAUACCCAUAUUUAUUAUUUCACGUCGAAAUAUCUUUUGGCUUUAUGUGCAUCCAUUACGUUGUAUUUGCUUACCUAAUAACUUUGCGACUAAUAGCCGAAUCAUACUUUGAAUUCAUGACGUAGAUUAUCAUUAGGACAUUUGGAUAUGUGAAGAGGACGUUGUAAUCAAGUGCAAUAAAUUCUUAUUAAACGUUC